UUAAGUCUGAAUCUUCUCUCAACUGUCUGUUAGAAAAAGGGAAAACAAAAAAGAGAAAAGGAGAAAUCUUCUCUGAAGUGUGCAAGAAGCUGAGGAGGGAAAAAGAAGAAAACAGUGUCGGAUUACAUACCUGACGAAGCCUUGAUGGAGAUCCUUGCUUGCAACACUACCAGUGAAGUCUCUGCUGCGAUUCAGAUUCAGCCCAUUUUAAAUCAUUGUACAGCUACCCCAACAUUGAAACUCUUCGCGCCACACUUCGAUAUAAAGAACGAAGUUGGGCUAAGCUGUAAAAUUUUGAGCCGACCUACAGACACAGUGGUCGCCGAAAAGCGAGAGUGACCGACUUCCUGCUAGAGGAGGCCCCCGAACAGGAUCCAACCUUGCCAGAAAUUAGACUAAUCCCACUAACCGCUGAAGACGAGAUGGCCAAGAGAAACAGAGUCAGGGCCCUUCUGACCGAAACAAACAGGCCCGAAGUACCAGAAUCAAGCCAGGCUCAAGAGACCGUCGUCGCCCUUCCUUCUCAACAGCCUUCUUCCUUACGUCGAGCUAAACGCGCCCGGACUACCCAGACCGAACAACGUCUGGUUGAUGAGGACGACACCAUCCUUCUACCGAGCCACCCUCCAAGUCCACAACCGGAGCCCUCAGACCGAGCUACCUUAAAGUGGUGCCCACCCAAGCUCACUUUUCAAAACCGAGAUAUACAAGAGACUGACUCAGUGGUUGCUGAGAAGGAUCACAUAUUGGCUUUCAACCUCGUCAAAAGUGUGUGCCUUCCAAAAGACAUGGAGCACCACAAUCAAUUGAACACCGAGUUGAAGGCCAUCCGAUCUUCAACAAAAUCUGUGAUCCUAGUAGGCACUUUUCCUCUUUGCUUUUAUAUCCUUCCAGUUUUUUUUUCCAACUUUCAAUUCGGUUAAAAAAGAAAGUUACUAUUCUUUUGCAGGCCAUUCAGAAGAACAAUAUCGCCCACAAGCGAGUGUUGGAGCUCACAAGGACUACAAGGGAAGCCACGGCUGAAGCCGAAGCCAAGACCACCGAGCUGAAACAAUCCCAGGAAAAGAUGGCCGAGCUGGAGGCCGAGGUAACACGUCUAACCGGACUAGUUGCCUCGGCUAACGCUGACAAGCAAAGAGCUUUGACCGAAAUGAGAGAUAAGCACCUGUGGGAGCUAGCAAAACUUGAAAGCUCUAAGGCCACCGAAAUACAAAAGCUGAAGAAGAAAUCUGAUGAUGCCGAAAAGAAGGGCUUCAAGGAAGGCGAGGCUGUAUACAUUCAGCAGUGUGAAGCUGCGAAGGACUUGUUCUUCAAGUGCGGCUGGAGGAGUGCUGUGGAGCAGCUCGGUUGUGGUCCCGAAACCGAGGUCUACAACGCUCCUCAGUACUUCAUUCCGGCCUCACUGGUGGAGUAUGCAGCCGAUCUCCAGAAGCAAUUCCUUGAGGCAUCUAACGACGACGAUGAAGAGAAUGAGCCAACUGACGCUCCGGUUGACAAUGUUCCAGCUAACCAAUCACUUCGGUUGGAGCCUGUGGUAGAGGAUGUGAUCAUUGAGCAACCAGCUAAAACCGAGCUCCAGGCCGAGACCGAGCUCCCAAUUCAGACUGUAAUUCCGUCGGAAACCGGGCUUCGGGUUGAUGCCGAGCUGGAUGUUGAAAUAGAUGAUCUUUUUAGCUGAUUUUGCACUUUUUCUUCUUUCUUUUGUAACCGAGCUGAGUCCCUUGUUCUGUAAUGAAAAUUGUUAUGGACUUGGUAUUGAAAACUUUCUCUUGAGUCCAGUGUUAUAUCGGUUUGUUGUCUUGUUUGUACUUGCUCUCUUCGAUUGCUUCCUUUCCUUCGCGUGUUAUUUCGAUUUUUUGGUGGGUCAAUCUAUGCUUAUUAGCCAACCACUCUUCAGCCGAUAUCAUUACUUCGGCUGAGGAGUACAGAUGGUUUAGUCCAGCCAACCAC